CAGAUGACUCUGAGGACGCAGCACGUUCAGGACUCCAAGAUGGGCUUUGUGAUCAAUGCAAUAUACUCCAUGGCGUACGGCCUCCACAACAUGCAGACAUCACUGUGCCCAGGCUAUGUGGGCCUCUGUGACGCCAUGAAGCCCAUCGACGGUCGGAAGCUCCUGGAAUCCCUCAUGAAGACUAACUUUACUGGGGUCUCUGGGGACAUGAUCUUGUUUGAUGAGAAUGGCGACUCGCCAGGAAGGUAUGAAAUCAUGAAUUUCAAGAAAAUGGGGAAGGACUACUUUGAUUAUAUCAAUGUUGGCAGCUGGGACAAUGGAGAGCUGAAAAUGGAUGAUGAUGAAAUAUGGCCAGAGAAAAAUAUUAUCAUCAGAUCUGUGUGCAGUGAACCCUGUGAAAAAGGCCAGAUAAAGGUGAUCCGUAAAGGAGAAGUGAGUUGCUGUUGGACCUGUACUCCUUGUAAAGAGAAUGAAUAUGUAUUUGAUGAAUACACAUGCAAAGCCUGCCAGCUUGGCUCCUGGCCCAACGAUGACCUCACAGGUUGCGACCUCAUCCCAGUCCAGUAUCUCCGAUGGGGUGAUCCUGAACCAAUUGCAGCAGUUGUUUUUGCAUGUCUGGGUCUGCUGGCCACCUUAUUUGUUACAGCUAUAUUCAUAAUGUACCGUGAUACUCCAGUGGUCAAAUCAUCCAGCCGAGAACUUUGCUACAUCAUUCUAGCCGGCAUCUGCUUGGGUUACUUGUGCACUUUCUGCCUCAUCGCAAAACCUCAACAGAUUUACUGUUAUCUUCAACGAAUUGGCAUCGGCCUCUCCCCAGCUAUGAGUUAUUCUGCUCUAGUAACUAAAACCAACCGCAUUGCAAGAAUCCUGGCUGGAAGCAAGAAGAAAAUUUGUACAAAGAAACCUAGGUUCAUGAGUGCCUGCGCCCAACUGGUUAUUGCAUUUAUCUUGAUAUGUAUACAAUUAGGCAUAAUUGUUGCCCUCUUUAUAAUGGAGCCACCAGAUAUAAUGCAUGAUUACCCAAGCAUCCGGGAGGUCUACCUGAUUUGUAACACCACCAACUUGGGUGUUGUCACUCCCCUUGGAUAUAAUGGAUUAUUAAUUUUGAGUUGCACCUUUUAUGCAUUUAAGACAAGAAAUGUCCCAGCUAAUUUCAAUGAAGCAAAGUAUAUUGCCUUUACAAUGUAUACCACCUGCAUCAUUUGGCUGGCUUUUGUGCCAAUAUAUUUUGGAAGCAACUACAAGAUAAUCACCAUGUGUUUCUCAGUGAGUCUGAGUGCCACGGUGGCCCUUGGCUGCAUGUUUGUUCCCAAGGUCUAUAUCAUCCUCGCUAAGCCUGAAAGAAACGUACGCAGCGCAUUCACCACAUCAACUGUGGUCCGCAUGCACGUAGGGGAUGGAAAGUCAUCUUCAGCUGCAAGCCGCUCAAGCAGCCUAGUGAACCUCUGGAAAAGAAGGGGAUCAUCUGGUGAAACCCUUAGGUACAAAGGCAGGAGACUGGCCCCGCACAAGUCGGAAAUAGAGUGUUUCACCCCAAAAGGGAGUAUGGGGAAUGGUGGGAGAGCUACAAUGACCAGUGAAGAAUCUGUUUGCAUUCCAGACUGUAAUCGAUCUGAGUCAAGUAGAGAGGAGAAAAAGGUUCCCGUUAAAGAGGAUGCCCUAACAGGCAAAAAGACUGGAAACUGUGUCAGUCUAAUAGUUCCACAGCAAGACUCUCAGCUGCAAGACCUACUCAAACAGUUAAGAACAUGUGCUGCUUAA